CUAGCAUUCCUUACGUGAUUGGAACUCCGUCUUCUAAGAAUAUUCGCAAAAAAUAUUUGCGUAACAGUUUGAUUAUCUAAAACUACAUCAUUACAAAGGUAAGUAAGCAAGCUACAUUUCUAUAUAAAAUUUAUCGUUAAAAAACAUGCACGUAUUAAUGUAAAUUUAAUUUACAUUAAUGUGUUUACAUUUUUAACUGUGGUAGGCUUUUGCAACAUGAUAGAUGUUUCAACAUUCGAUCUGUCUGAGUACGGUUUAAGUCUUCCACAACCAGAACAAUUAAAAUAUUGUGAGAAACUAUCUAGUAUAACUCUCAAGCAAUGCCCAUUCAAAAUACCCCGACAAUAUUGGACGAACACAAAAGAUGACUUAAAGUCUCUAGUGAAGAAAACAGACCGAAAUGAACUAUUCUAUUAUUUAAUCUAUCGGGAGUGUAAACUGGAUGGGAAGCCAAUUGAAAGUGUGAAAAGCUUAGAUUCUCACGUUAAAUUUGUAGAUGGUUACCUGAGAGACUAUUGUGCCACAAAAAUUUCCAAUGGGAUCGUGGUUGUAAAAGGUUUGGUAACACACUCUAUGGCGUACACAAAGCCACCUUUAAAUUGUUGGGUUGCAUUGGAACGGCAAGGAGGGAUUUUGUGUGGACAUUGCGAUUGCAAAGCUGGAUUGGGUGGAUCAUGUUCACAUGUUGGUGUUGUAUUAUGGGGAAUAGUAAAUCUGUCAGAAGAGACAUGUACCAGUACUUUGCAGGGGUGGCAUAACAAGAACCCUACCAAUCAUCCUGAACUUCCUACCACUAUUUCAAGUUUAAAAACCGCUAAGAGAGGUGCAAUCGUUGACAAAAUUUAUGAUGCAGUCACAGACGAGACACUUAACGCAUUGUUGGAAAACCUUAAAAAAGGACCCACCAUGUUGGAUUGCAUAGGUUGAUGGAACCGUUUAGUGCCGACUGUCUUCCUCUUGAAGUGAAAACGCCACUCCCUGAAAGAUUGACUUCACUUUUCGACCAGAGCUGGGCACGUCUUCCGAUUUGAGAAAUACAAACAAAAUGCGAAGAUCUACUUGUCCGGUAUUCCAUCACCGUUGAGCAACGAAAUGUAAUUGAACUGCUGACUAGGAGGCAAGCUAGCUGCAAGCAGUGAAACAAGGCAAGAGAGGGUAGAGUUACUGCCAGUAAAGUUUACGACGUGUCAAAAACCAACCUGAGUAAUCCUUCGAAAUCCCUAUUACAACAAGUGGCGUACCCAACGGAUUGUGCGUUCCGCUC